AUGGUGGUGCUGUACAUCAGGAUCUGGGACUCGGUGGAGAAGAGUGACAUUGGCUGUACGGCUGGCAGUGGAAAGAACAAUCUGGGGGUAUUUACGGAUGCUGGACUGGCCCUGGAGACAAGCAAUGGGAUUUCCACAGCCCAGAGAACAGAUCCAGAGUGUCCUCAGCCAGCAAAACGACGGCGUCGCUCCGUUCAGCUCAUUGAGUAUAAGGCAAACAAAGCGGCAGAUUACCAGGACCAGAAGCUGAAGAAAUGCUGUGAAGACGGGAUGCACGAGAACCCCAUGGGGCACAGCUGCGAGAAGUGGGUUGGGUACAUCCUGAGUACAGCCGAGUGCAAGAAGACCUUCCUCGACUGCUGCAAUUAUAUCAAGACCAUAUGGGACAAGCUGCAGCGGGAGCUCCACCUGCAACUUGCAAGAAGUGACUUGGAUGAAGAUUUCUUGUCCGAAGAAGAUAUCACCUCAAGGAGCCAGUUUCCAAAGAGCUGGCUGUGGCAAGUGGAGCAGCUGACUGAGCGACCAAAUGAACUGGGAAUUUCUUCCAAGACAUUGCCUAUUUUCCUAAAGGAUUCCAUCACCACCUGGGAAGUCCUGGCUGUGAGCCUUUCAGAGACCAAAGGGAUCUGUGUGGCUGACCCCUAUGAGAUAAAAGUAAUGAAAGAUUUUUUCAUCGACCUCCAUCUGCCCUACUCUGUAGUGAGGAAUGAGCAGGUGCAAAUCCGGGCUAUUCUCUACAACUAUCGGGACGAAACAAUUAAGGUCCGGGUGGAGCUGCUGCACAACCCAGUUUUCUGCGGUGCAUCCACUUCCAAGGCUAAAUACCGGCAGAUCCUUGACAUCAAAGCCAAGUCCUCCCUGGCCGUGCCAUUAGUGAUUGUCCCAUUACAGCUGGGAUGUCACUACAUUGAGGUCAAGGGAGCGAUAUGGGGCAGUUUUGCGUUUGAUGGCGUGAGGAAGAAACUGAAGGUUGUGCCUGAAGGGAUGAGGACGACCAAAAAAAUUAUGUCUGUGGUACUGGAUCCAUCUGCGAAAGGAGCAGGGGGAGUCCAGGAAGUGAAGGUGAAAGCGGCAGAUAUAGAUGACAUGGUUCCAAAUACAGAAUCAGAGACCAAAGUCAGCAUCCAAGGAAACCCUGUGACAAUCAUUGUCGAAAACUCCAUUGAUGGGGCCAACCUGAAGCAUCUCAUUGUGACGCCGUCCGGCUCUGGGGAACAGAACAUGAUCGGCAUGACCCCCCCAGUCAUCGCCACCAUCUACCUGGACAGCACCGAGCAGUGGGAAAGGAUCGGGGUGGAACGCAGGGCGGAAGCCAUCAAGUUGAUCAUGCAAGGUUAUACACAGCAGAUGAUUUACAAAAAACCCGACUUCUCAUACGCUGCUUACAAAGACCGGCCAGCAAGCACUUGGCUGACGGCGUAUGUGGCGAAGGUCUUUGCCAUGGCUAAGAAACUGGUGCCCAUUGAAAGCCAAGUUAUCUGCGGGGCGGUGAAAUGGCUGAUCCUGGAAAAGCAGAAACUGGAUGAAGUCUUCCAAGAUGCCCCCGUAAUCCGCGGAGAGAUGGUUGGAGGGUACAAGGGUGCUGAGCCUGAUGUCUCUUUAACGGCUUUUGUGCUGAUUGCAUUGGAAGAGGCCAAGGACAUCUGCAAGGAUCAAGUCAACAGUUUUGAAAGCAGCAUCUCCAAAGCCGCUGACUACUUAGCCCAAAGGUACCAGUCUCUAGUCAGACCUUAUACUGUGGCUCUUGCAUCCUAUGCCUUAGCCAUGGUAGGGAAACUGAACACUGAGAAGACGCUCAUGAGAGCUUCGACAGAUGGAAAUCGCUGGGAAGAGCCAAACACCCGCACCUUCAACAUUGAGGGCACCUCGUACGCCUUGCUGGCCUUGCUGAAAAUGAAGAAGUAUGAGUUGACUGGUCCCAUAGUCAGAUGGCUGAGAGAGCAGAACUACUAUGGAGGAGGAUAUGGAUCUACCCAAGCAACCAUCAUGGUGUUCCAGGCUCUUGCGCAGUACCAGAUAGACAUUCCACAGCACAAAGACCUGAAUUUGAACGUUACUGUUCUCCUGCCACGCCGUGCUAUUCCAAAAAAGUACAACAUCUUAAAUCACAACGCUCUGGUGGCCCGAACAGCAGAGACCAAAUGGAAUGAAGACUUCACUGUGAAGGCAGAAGGAACUGGACAAGGGACCUUAACUGUAAUAACGAUUUAUAACACAAAGCUACGGGAGGAUGAAUCUCAGUGUAAGAAGUUUGACCUGAAGGUAUCGGUCGAAGAAGCCUGGGGCGUUAAGAAGCCAGAAGGAGCCAUGCGUUCAGUCUAUAUUAAAAUCUGCAUCAGGUUCCUCGGUGUGGUUGAUGCCACAAUGUCCAUCAUCGAUGUCUCUAUGCUCACUGGCUUCUCACCAGACGUGGAAGAUCUUAAGAGACUUUCCCAAGGGGUCGACAGAUACAUUUCCAAGUUUGAAAUCGACAAAGCCCCGUCCGACAGAAGCAACCUCAUGAUCUACCUGGACAAGGUUUCUCACACAGAGGAGGAAUGCCUGCAGUUUAAAGCUCACCAGUUUUUCGAAGUUGGUCUCAUUCAGCCGGCAUCCGUCACAGUCUACGACUAUUACACCAUAGAUGACCGAUGCACCAAGUUCUACCACCCGUCUAAGCAGAGCGGGCUCUUCAGUAAGAUCUGUCAUGGGGAAGUCUGCCGUUGUGCAGAAGAAAGCUGCUUCAUGCAGCAGAAGACAGAGGAUCCCAUCACUCUGAACAAGCGAAUGGAGGAAGCCUGUGAACCUGGAGUGGAUUAUGUGUAUAAGACCAGGCUUGUUAGCAGUGAAGAAGCGGGCAGUUCUGACUACUACACCAUGAAAAUUUUGGAAAUCAUUAAAGCAGGGACUGAUGAAAAUCCGCAAGGAAAAACCCGCCAAUUCAUCAGUCACAUAAAAUGCAGGGAGUCUCUGAGGCUGGAGCGUAACAAAGACUACUUGAUCUGGGGACGCAGCACCGACUUGUGGCCCAGGGAAGCUGAGCUAUCCUACAUCAUUGGCAAGGACACCUGGAUCGAGAAGUGGCCCAACGAGGACGAAUGCCAGAAGCCGGAUUUCCAGAACCUCUGCCAGGAAUUCCUUGAGUUCUCUGAAGCCAUGACCAUGUUUGGCUGCCCAACCUAAACUUGGACCCAGCUUUCCCAGCAGCCCCAAGGGGACAGUUUGAGCUGAGAUGGAGCAUAACCCUCAGGUGGAGACAGCUCCACUCAGAGUCCCAAUGCUGCUGACACUCGCCGCUAGCCCUGUCCUCUUUGGGGGUUUCACUCUUUUUUUUCUUAUUGUUUCUCUCUAUAUAAAAGGCUGAAUUCUUACCCUGCCUUGCUGUGUGACUUUUUACAUAGUCUGCAAUAGAGCUUUAUAAGUAACCAGCUACUAGGAUCAUGAGUGCACAAGAAACACCUUAAAUUAGAUGGACAAGCAUGAAUGGGUGGCUAGAUAAGCAUGGAUGGAUAUUUAGGAGAGAGUCUUCUGUACC